GACAAGACUACAGAACCUACAUAGUCUCUGGUAUGAGGGAUUCUAGGCUUUGGUUACAUUGGGUCUACAUUUUGCCCUUUAUUUCUAACUCUACAGCUUCGGUGUGAACUACAGUAAACCAGUUGGGAAAGUAGUUGCUGAAUCCUUUUUUUUAAAUGAUGAAGAUGGGCAGUGUGAGAGUGAUUUAUGUACUGAUGCUAGUCAUGGUUUUUGGUGUCUGUGCUUACGGAUCGAAAACCAAGGGACUAUCUUUAUGGAACCAGCAAGAAGAUCAAGAUUUGGAGAAUGUACAUACACCAUUUGAGGAGUUUUCUGGAACUCAGCCGACUCCAACACCUCAGUCAGACCUUCCCAAUAUGAAUCUGACGUCUAUUAUAGACAAAGAUGACAUUGCUGGUGGAUUCCUAACUAAAAACAAUGCCACAGAACAAGACAUGACAAGGAUCAACAACCCUCUGUUCCCAGUGACAAACAGCUCGUACAGCGCCUAUGGGAUUCUGUUUCUGUCGCUUGUAGUGUUUGCUGUAGGGAUUGUGGGAAAUCUGGCAGUCAUGUGCAUUGUUUGGCAUAACUAUUUCAUGAGGAGUGCAUGGAACUACAUCCUGGCCAGCCUGGCUUUCUGGGACUUCCUGGUCCUGUGUUUCUGCCUGCCUGUGGUGGUGUUUAAUGAACUCACCCACAAAAGGCUGCUGGGGGAUUUUUCUUGUAGGGUUGUACCCUACAUGGAGGUGACAUCACUAGGCGUGACAUCCUUUAGCCUGUGUGCACUUGGUAUUGACCGUUUUCAUACAGCCACCAGUUCCCUUCCAAAGGCCCGGCGAGUGGAGCAUUGUCAUUCAGUCCUGGCCAAACUGGCUGUGGUGUGGGUAGGUUCCAUGGUCCUGGCAGCCCCAGAGCUGCUCAUAUGGCAGCUGCAACAAGUCAAAUCCUCUUCUAUGGGUGUUCAGAUGGAUGUCUGCGUCAUGAGCCCAUACCCAAAUCUCCCAGAGUCCAUUUACUCCCUGAUCAUCAACUACCAUGACACUCGCAUCUGGUGGUACUUUGGCUGUUACUUUUGCCUACCAGUGGUCUUCACCUUGCUCUGUCAGCUGGCCACAUGCCAUGUCUCCAGCGAUAGUGGAAGCUCUGUCAAGAGGACCGAAGAGCAAUCUCCAUCCACAAAGCAGAAACUUGAACAUGUACAUCAGGUUGAACGCCAACUGAACUGCACCGUUAUGACACUGGCUGUGGUUUAUGGGGUGUGUGCUCUGCCUGAGAACGUAUGCAACCUUACACUGACAUACACUUCUUUACAGCCAUCUAAUGAUGUUUUGGCUCUCCUUACUCUGAUAAAUCAGUUUUUCCUGUUCUUUAAGUCAUCUGUGACGCCGGUGCUCCUGCUGUGUCUGUGUAAGACUCUGGGCCAGGCGUUUAUGGACUGCUGCUGCUGCUGCUGUGAGGAAUGCCAACCCAGCACCUCCUCUUCCUCCCAAAACAUUGCUGAAAGCAAGCAUGAGAUGUCCUCAUCUAUUUUCUUUGACAAAGCCAAGGACAGUACAACCAUUUUGUCCAUUGGUAGCUGAGUCAGCAAAAAUGAUCAUUUUUCACAUCCCCUUUUUGCAUAUCUCUCAUUAGUGAGCAUGAUUUAUUUUUUUCCGCAGACGCACUGUCUGAUGGGAUAAAAAUCACUGAGCCCUUAGGUGGUGCUAGAAGUUGUCCUUUUGCAGUUCUGAACGAACUUGUUUCUAAAAGGAGCAUGUUUAAAUGAUUUGGUCAAUUACAGGCAGAACCCACUUUAAACACUUAUGUACUUUCUUAGCUUGACUAAUCCAAACAUACUGCACCAUUUUGUCUUAAAUGUAAAGAUACUGUAAUGUUUACUUUAAAUCAUUAACACCUUCUGUCAACAGGAUGUCAUGUGAAGUCUCUAUAAAAUGUUAGCUCCUACGGCCCUGUCACACUGUUUGUGAGCCUUGUGUAAGAAUCCGUGACUUUACAGUAGGUCUUUAUUUAGUGAUGAGUCGAGGUUUUCUAGAUGCCUGAAGAGCAGUCAAUAAUUCAUAUAAAAAUAAUUUGUUCAGAUAGGUGUAUCUUUUUUUUUCUUUUGAAGAUACUCAUUUUUUGAGACAUGGGGACAUAUGUAACAAAUAGUGCUAUAUAAUAAUUGAUGCCAUAGUUUUGUUUUUUAUGUAACAGCUUGGCUAUUUUGCCAAUUAUAAUAUUGUACAUGCACUGGAUUGUUUUAUUAAACUGUAAAUAAAAAAA